UGCUGGUACACGUAUUUUAAAUGGCCGACCGCAAUGCUGCUGCGCGCGUGCGCGCCGAAGCAACAGCCAAGCGCGACCGCGAGGCGGCAAAGAGGCAUCUGGAAGCAUCAGGCGCUGGGCCUUCGCAAUAUGAGCUCAAGGGAGUGAUCCGACAAGUGGGUUAUGACAUCAAUAUGGGAGACAACACCCUACAAGUCGCGAGAAAGUCCCAACCGCAGGGUUACGGCGGCAACAUUCCGAUGACGGCAAUACCACUGCCAACAUCCAAGGCCAAGGUUGCUUCGUCGUCUUUGAAUGCUUCGUCUACGAAGCAAGACGAUGGUGACAGUGACUUGCUGCCUGGAUGGAAGGCAACAGUGGACAAGGAGAGUGGCGACGUGUACUAUUGGAACAAGGCAACGAAAGAAACGAGUUGGGACAAGCCUUCGAUUAUGAAAUCCAAGCCCGAGAAAGGCGUGACCCCACUGCCCUAUGGCUGGGAAGAGGUCCAAGAUCCGUUGUCGAGCGACGUGUACUACUGGAACAUCCACACGCAAAAGACGCAGUGGGAGCGCCCUGUGUCCCUUGAGCAAGCAAUUGAAGCGAAGUCGAAAUUGGAUAAUUUACUCCAAUUCUGCGGCAGCACUGCCAUGUUCCCGUGCGUUGAAUAUGACAUGACGAGGACAUCGUCUCCAAGGAAUGAUCGCUGGUGCAUUAAGUAGGCAAGACGAUGAGACAUCCCGUGGCAAGACUUCUGUCGUCUCGACCUCACCUUCCUCUUCAAGUACAGAACCACUGUAUCUCCAUUCGUCGCCAGUAAACCAUCCUUCCUGAUAGUUUUAUAUCCUUCCAACUUCAGGCACGAAGCGACCGCUAUCAGCGGAUCCAUUGCAUGCACCCACGUACGUACCGUCCGUACCGUCCGUGGACAUGCAUCGUUCGUUCCCUUGAACGAUGAUGCUCACGAUGGUGGGGUCUUGGUAGGUCGUCCAAGUCGAUUCGCCGCGCGUAGCCGCCUUGUCGACCGCCGCCGUCCACAUCUCUGCACGAAGAAGAUUCGCGCGUUUUGUGAACGCACCCUUGAAGCGCCUUUCCGCUUUUUUAAAAAAAGUUGAAUACAAACAUCAAAUCAAAAGGUGUGAUUUUUAAUGCCAA